CUGACGUAGCCUGGACAUAAUGCUAGCAAACCACCAGGAAAGAUUGGAAAUGUUAUUUCUAACAGGGAGGCUUUGAGGUUGGAUAUUGAUGUGCAUAGACAAUCAUAUACACUAUACAUAGAGGUGUACACGGUUUUCUCGUCAGACCCUAGAAGGGAAACAUCAAGAGGAAUCAGUUAUUUGGAGAGGACGGGGAAGCUUUUUAAAGCUGUCCUCUGGCCAGACCAAUUUACAAUAAGCAACAUCAAAUCACUAGUGUUACUUAAUUUCUCUUCUAGAGAUUGCUAGUUAGCUAGCAAGCUAGCUUUAGACUCUGGAGCAGGAAACUGAGGAUAGUAUGGCCAUGACGGGAGGGACGGUCGCCCCCCUCCCCAUGAGCAACCAUACGCGCGAGAGAGUAACUGUGGCCAAACUGACGCUGGAGAACUUCUACAGCACCUUGCUCACGCAGCACGAGGAGCGAGAGAUGAGGCAGAAAAAAUUGGAGAAGGUCAUGGAUGAGGAGGGCCUGCUAGAUGAUGAGAAAGUGAUGAGGCGCUCUCAGCAUGCCCGUAAGGAGACUGAGUUCCUGCGGCUCAAGAGGACGAGGCUCGGCCUGGAUGACUUUGAGUCCCUCAAAGUAAUUGGCAGGGGAGCCUUUGGAGAAGUGCGCUUAGUGCAGAAAAAGGACACAGGACACAUCUACGCAAUGAAGAUUUUACGAAAAGCAGACAUGUUGGAGAAGGAACAGGUGGCACACAUCCGGGCAGAAAGGGACAUACUGGUGGAGGCGGAUGGUGCCUGGGUGGUGAAGAUGUUCUACAGCUUCCAGGACAAGAGGAACCUCUACCUCAUCAUGGAGUUCCUCCCUGGAGGUGAUAUGAUGACCUUACUGAUGAAGAAGGACACUCUGUCUGAAGAGGCCACUCAGUUCUACAUCGCAGAGACUGUGCUGGCCAUCGACUCCAUCCAUCAGCUGGGUUUCAUUCAUAGGGACAUCAAACCAGACAACCUCCUGCUGGACUCCAGGGGACAUGUCAAGCUCUCUGACUUCGGACUCUGCACUGGUCUGAAGAAAGCCCACCGCACUGAAUUCUAUAGGAACCUGACGCACAAUCCCCCCAGCGACUUCUCCUUUCAGAACAUGAACUCAAAGAGGAAAGCAGAGACAUGGAAAAAGAACAGAAGGCAGCUGGCAUACUCAACAGUGGGCACACCAGACUACAUUGCUCCAGAGGUCUUUUUGCAGACGGGGUACAACAAGCUGUGUGACUGGUGGUCCCUGGGUGUCAUCAUGUAUGAGAUGCUCAUAGGCUACCCCCCCUUCUGCUCGGAGACGCCGCAGGAAACCUACAGGAAGGUCAUGAACUGGAAGGAGACGCUGGUCUUCCCCCCCGAGGUGCCCAUCUCGGAGAAAUCCAAGGAUAUGAUCCAGAGGUACUGCACCGAUGCAGAUAAUCGGGUUGGAGCCGUGACUGUGGAGGAGAUAAAGAGCCACGCGUUCUUUGAGACGGUAGACUGGGAGCACAUCAGGGAGAGACCAGCUGCCAUCUCCAUUGAGAUCAAGAGCAUCGAUGACACGUCCAACUUCGAUGAGUUCCCAGAAUCAGACAUACUACAGCCAGUAACAAAUGCAACAGAGCCUGAUUUCAAGUCCAAAGACUGGGUCUUCUUGAACUACACCUACAAACGCUUCGAGGGCCUGACUCAGCGAGGCACCAUCCCCACCUAUAUGAAGGCGGGAAAAGCCUGAGACAGACAGGGGCCCUGAGCCACAGGAAAGGGGAAGUGUUGGAGAUGAAGGGAGGGGUUGGGGGGCGGGGUUCAUACCGUGGGUGACACGCGGGCGGCUGUUAAGGGGGUGGGGGAGGCCACCUCCACUCUCCCUUAUGUCAAUACUCAGCUCCUGCCAUUCCUCCGGCAUCCCCAUCACAGUCGUCCCCCCCCCCUGGCAUUGCGUGGGUCCGAUUUGAACAUUGGCUCACCAGCAGCGUGUCACUAUGGCAACAGGAAGUCAUCUUGACGAACCUCUGCUCAGUGGAGAUUGCCUGCCAGCUAAGAAAAACAAAACCAAGGUCUCCCUUAGAAACAUGUAGAGUUAGCUGUCUGUACUCUCUAUAGUUUAGAACCGCUGAGGUGCUGGGUGGCUAAAUUACUGGUCCACAGGGUCAAAACACUGUAUCUAAGCUUUCUAUACAGGGUCCUGGCACAGCUUUAUGUGUCCACCACAGUCUGCAGUUCAGAAUUAUCCUGUUCCCUUUAUCCUUGCCAUUUUGUGGUGAAAUGUCAAGGUUUAAAAUGAGUAAUAACUUCAUUUGGGGUUUAACAGAAGUCGUGAGGAAACCGUAAUGAAGGAGAAGAGGUCAUUACUCAUACACACCCCUCUCAUCCACCCCAUAAUAUAUUCAUUUAUAAUUCAGAGUGCUCUCGGUGAGAAUACUUGGCUGUACUCUGACACAAACACCUGAGAAAUGUUGCAGAAAGGUUGAGUUUUUGCGUGACUUGAUGCUCCUAAAGCCAAUUAGUGUUUUCUUACAAGGUAAUAUACAUGGCAAAAACAAUGCUUGUGAUAUCUAACAUCACAGGGUCAGCCCAGUUAGUCUGCUAAUGCUCCAAGAUCCAGAUUUGGCCCUUAGAGAGAUAGUUAUGUUGUAGCUCUUCUUGCAAACGCUUUGUGUCUUGCACAUGAAAACAAAACCAGAACAAUAUAAGCACACUGAACUCAAUCACAUGCAACUCUCCAUCCCAUGUGCACUUGAGGCCAGUAAUGAACCAAACAUCUUGGUAAUACAGAUAACACAAUCCUUAACACCAAAUCAGUAUCUUUUUUUUAUACCACGAAUUAUUGAAAUUGCACUGCAAUAUUCUUUAUUAAAUAGAGCGAGUACCUCUAAAGAAUCUUUUUAAGGCAAAGAUUCAUCCCCAGAAGAAUUACAUGAAGUUUGUAUCCUGACAGACCCCUACAAUCCAUGUCACAAAGCCUUCUUUUGUGUAGUAUGUAGUUUUUAUUUCAUGACUUUACAUCCAUUUUUAUUUAUUUUUUUACCUGUAAGGAACACUGUCUCCACCCUUUGUGUUUGUUCAACGUGACUGUGCCAUUUUUUUUCUGCAUGAUUAGCCAACUGCUCGCUGCCCUAAGGAUGAAGUUUAACUCAUUGUAAAAGUGAGUCCUAUUCAGCCACACUGUAGCCAAGAAGUAUGUGUUAAUGUGUAUAGAUGAACAAGAAAUAAUGCUGUUGUAAGGGUGAGGUAAAUUAAUAUAUUUAGCUGAAGACCUUGGUUUCCUUGUCUAAUGAUCAUGGGAGGAAAAGAAAGAACAAACUUCAGAAUAAAAAAAAAAAUCUAAACGUA